AUGGGAUGUAGCGGCUGCAGGGUCAGGCUCAACUUUGGCAAGGCGCUGUCCAAAGUGUCGGUGUUCCUCACCAUGGUCCUGAUCUUCACCUUCUUCUUCUACUGCCUCAGCGGACUCUGCGACUCGGCUCCGAGGGCUCCGUACACCCGACCCACCUCAGACCGGGACUAUGGCAUGUUGGACGGCAACCGCCGCAUACUGGACACCUUGCGACCGGCGCGCGGAGGCGCGCGCCUCGCCGACGCGCCGGCGCCGGCUCCGGCUCCGGCUCGGCUCCGGCUCGGGCUCGGCGGCGGGACGGGACCCCCCGAAAGGGGGGACGCGGACGAGCAAGGCGGGCGGGUUUCGGAGCCCGACCAGACCAGCGGCAUCCCCGUGUCGAACACGUUCGGCACCAAGAAGUUCCCGCAGGCCGUCAUAAUCGGCGUGAAGAAAGGCGGAACUCGCGCGCUGCUGGAGUUCCUGCGCAUCCACCCGGACGUCCGGGCGGUCGGCGCGGAGCCGCACUUCUUCGACCGCUUCUACGACAAAGGGCUUGAGUGGUACAGGAACCUGAUGCCUCGCACGCUGGACGGCCAGAUCACCAUGGAGAAGACGCCAAGCUACUUCGUUACCAAAGAGGCUCCCGGCCGCGUCUGCACCAUGAGCUGCAACACCAAGCUCAUCGUGGUGGUCAGGGACCCCGUGACCCGGGCUGUUUCCGACUACACCCAGACACUAUCCAAGAACCCGGGUCUUCCGUCCUUCCAGAGCUUGGCCUUAAAAAACUCUUCCACGGGUCUGAUUGACACCACGUGGAGCGCUGUGCGCAUUGGCCUGUACGCAAAGCAUCUGGAGAACUGGCUUCAGCACUUCCCCUUAUCUCACUUCCUGUUUGUCAGUGGCGAGCAGCUGGUGUCUGACCCAGCGGGGGAGAUGGGACGGGUCCAAGACUUUCUGGGUCUGAAGAGGGUGGUCUCAAACAAACACUUCUACUUUAACCAGACCAAAGGCUUUCCCUGCUUAAAGAAGCCCGAAGGGAGCAGUAGGCCGCGCUGCCUGGGGAAGUCCAAGGGCCGGCCGCAUCCCCAAAUCCCCGCCGAGGUUCUCCACAGACUCAGAGACUUCUACAGGCCCUUCAACCACCGCUUCUACCAGAUGAGCGGACAUGACUUUGGCUGGGAUUAA